AAAUCCCUAACCGGCAAAAUCCCGAUCGGCUUACGUCCACAACCUUCGUCGGAGCUCUGCAAAUUUCCCAAAUCCAAAGCCACCGGCGGCAGUCGUGCCUGCGAGCCUAUCGUAGUCUCCCCACCGCCUCCAUCGUUCUGCUGAGAUCAACGUAGAAAGCUACUCCCUCUCUAAUCUGGUCCAGGUUUAGGUUUAUGGACCGACCGCCGGCGCAUGAUUACGCUGCUGCAGCAAUGGCGUAUGCCCAACAACAGCAGCAGCAGCAACAACAACAACAACAGCCGCCAUUUGGGUUUCACCCGCAGCAUCAAGGCCAGCAGUUUCCUCCACCGCCGGCAUUCAUUCCGCCGCCUCAUCCUUCAAUGCAACAACAAUUCCCGUACCCUCACCACUUACAGCAGCAGCAGCAACCUCAGCUCCACCCUCACCCUCACGCGCCACCACACCCUCACCUUCUCCACCACCAGCAGCCUCUCCCUGGUUUCUCCUCUCACUUGCCUCCCCCGAUCCUUCCAUCUCCCUUCCACGGUGGUGGUGGUCCUUAUGAUUCAGUUCCACCGCCGCCAGCUCCUCCUCCAUCUGAUCCCGAGCUUCAGAAACGGAUUGACAAGCUAGUCGAGUAUUCAGCUAAAAAUGGGCCAGAAUUUGAGGCGAUGAUUCGUGACAAGCAGCAGGAUAAUCCGGCUUAUAGCUUUUUGUUUGGUGGCGAGGGACAUAACUACUAUCGGUUUAAGCUUUGGGUGUCUACUCGACCUACGCCGGCUGGUCCUUACAAUGCUCCUUUCCCGCCUUCAUCUUCUGUUCCAUUGAUGCAUCCUCCUGCUCAGAUAAUGCAACAACAGGGUUUCCCGCCAUUCUAUGAUCCGCAUCAGCAGCACCACCAGUCGCCUCAGCCGCCAUUUGGGGCACAUGUGCGGGUUGGUGAUUUUGAUCAGUCUGUCAAGUCGUUUAAAGGUCUUUCUGGUCCACUUCCGCCUGAUGUUGCUGUGGAGUUGACUAAUGUGAUGAAUAGUUUGAAUGGCACCAAAGAUUCGAUUAAAGGGGCGAAGACUUGGUUCAUGCAGAGGUCUCCUUUUGCACCUGGUUUGGCUGAGGGUAUGAGAGAUAGGAUUUUCUCUGUGGAUGAUUCCGAGAGGCAGCUGCAUGUCAUAUACCUUGCUAAUGACAUACUUUUUGACAGUUUGCAGAGAAGGGCUAAUCCUCAUGAGCUUGAUAAUGAGGCCCUUGCAUUCAAGCCAGUCCUGGGUUCAAUGCUUGCAAGAAUUUACCAAAACCCCGUGAAUAAGGAAGAGAAUCAGUCACGCUUACAGAAAAUCCUGCAGUUCUGGGGCUCCAAGGAGGUUUAUGAUCACGAUACCAUUCGUGCACUGGAAGCCGAAAUGGUCAGCGGGGCACCAACUAGCUCGAUCUUAGGACCUGCAAGAGACUUGUCCGAUUCAAUGGCUGCUGCAGGAUUCCCACAGCAGCCGACGAACCACCACAGUGCUCCACAUUGGCAGCUAGAUAAGCAACAUGAGCGGGAGCAUGCUGAUAAACAAGUCCCACCCUCCGCCUUGCCGCCACUUGCUGCCCAGCAAUUCCUUGCAAACUCUGUCCCUGCUGGUGGUUUUGCUGGUACUGUGCCCAUAAUCCCUGCUGCUCAACCACCACUGCUACCAACUCCUCCUCCGACCCUCGCCGAGAAAUUACCACCAUACCCUUUAUUCCCACCAGGACUCAUCCCCGGGAUGGUCCGAAAAAUGCAGAUCGGAAGUGGCGUCCCGUACUCUCCUCUGAGCCCUCUCGACAUCCCGACCAUGAUCCCGCCAUCCGCAGUUUCCCCAUCUGAGGUCCUAGAGCGAGUCUCCAAAUUUUUCAAAGAGAUCGGAGAGGUCAACCCGUCGGAAGGGCCGAUGAAGUCAUCCGACGAUGAUGAUUACGACGACUACGAGAGGGACCGGUCUCCUGUACGCAAAGGCGGAGCUUGUAUCCCCCCGCCUCCUAACCUGCAGGUAGUGGACCCCGAGACCGGGACUUAUCCUGAUGGAAGUGUGGAGAGGAAACCGGGAGCACUAGGAUCUGGAAGGCUUGGAUUGGGGGCAACCGCUGACCCUAAUGAGGUGAGCCAGUAUGAUGAUGUAUAUUCGUCUUACAGGAAACAGAGAAGCAGUAAUUAUCAUACUUCCAUGAUUGCAAGAGCAGCUGUCUCUGUCAAGAGAGCGACGUAGUUUUUUGUCCGUGUUAAACUGCGGGUUAGUAUCUGGUUGUGUACUACUUUCUGAUUAGGGGAUGGAUGUUUGUGUUUCACUGCAAGGAAUGGGGGAUUCACUGUAAUCAGAUUAAUCAGAUAGGGAGUGGAGUUCUCCUGGAUUUUGUGCAGUUCCGGUAGUAUCUUUGCCUGAUAUUUACAGGAGCACUGUACAGCUUGAGUUUUGAGUUCUUAAGAUGGAUGUUUUACAUAUAGUCCAGAAAGUAAUGGUCACAGUAUUAGCAGGAAAAAGAAGAUCUCUGGCCGCAUCACACAGGCUUUUGCAUAAAACAAACGACGGCGCACUGAUUAAGCGAUCCACGGCAUUUUCAAUGGAGCUCACGAAUGUGGUGUUAUGCAUUGUGGCUGGAGGUUACUCGGCCGGUAGAUUCGAUGCAUGGACUUUGCCGUUUUUAUAUACUUAAAAUUGUAUAAAUUUAGGAAACAAUGUCUCGAGUACGAUAUCUCCUAGAAAAUUAGAUGAUAUCUUUGAUAACAUUCCAGGUGACAAAUAG